CAGCGGGGCUGUGUGUGCGUGUGUGUGUUUUUCCUUCACACUCACACAGUCAAAGAAACGCCCACUCUGAUGACCGGGAAAGUCGCUUCAAACUGAAGAGAACACGCUGCCUGCGCACAGACUCAUCAGGACGCGCUCAUGUCUGGAGACGGAUCAUCCAACCUACCUCUGUUGUUGUUGUUUUUAUGUACGAAGACAGUCUGUCAGGUGUUACCUCGCCAUGAUUGGAGGUGUCAUUUGUGUGCGUGUCAUUUCAAUCUAAGCUGAUUCACUCCACAAGACUUCCCUGGAAACUGCUGAGUGCGCGCACCAGAUUCUUUUGGAUGAACAGGUGGCGCAAGCUCCGCUUCCCUUAAUUUGUCAUUAGGGACGAGACGCAGGUUAACGCACUUGACGUUAAGCGUUUAAUACCUGCCUUGAAAGGUGGGAGAGAACAGAGCAGCCUGCCUCUUUUUUUUUAUCCUUUGUUAAAAGGAGUCACCGGGCAGAGGAGCUGCGAUGCCAGUUGCGGACAGCGACAUGGUCGUGGACAGCAGCCACGAGCAGGGCAAAACCCCGAGCUGUGGCGGGGACGAGAGCAUCCUCCCGGCCUCACUGUGCAGUCCUGCGGCGGACAUCCUCAAGAGCUUUUACCACACCAAGCGGGUCGGGAACUAUCUGAUCGGCAGGAAACUGGGAGAGGGAUCGUUCGCCAAAGUUCGAGAAGGUCUCCAUGCGAUGACCGGGGAGAAGGUGGCAGUGAAGGUGAUUGACAAGCGGAAGGCCAAGAAGGACUCGUACGUGACCAAGAACCUGCGCAGGGAGGGCCACAUCCAGCAGAUGAUCCGCCACCCCAACAUCACGCAGCUCCUCGACAUCCUGGAGACGGAGAACAGCUACUACCUGGUGAUGGAGCUGUGUCCCGGCGGCAACCUCAUGAACCGCAUCUACGACAAGAAGCGCCUGGACGAGAGGGAGACGCAGAAGUACAUCCGGCAGCUGGUGCUGGCCGUUGAGCAUCUGCACAGGGCGGGCGUGGUGCACAGGUGAAUAAGGAAGUAACAGAAGAGUGGAAAAA